AAGUGACCGCAGCCGAAGCCCAUCCGGCCCCUCUGCGCGGCGGGACUGCGACCAAACCGACUCGUUUACCUCCCUCACUCCCUCCCCCCCCGCCCGCCCCUCCUCCCCUCGCAACACCCCGCCCUCCGCCCCACAACAACCGUUUACAACCUGGAGAAGACGCCCCGGUGGAAGCGCUCUCAUUUAAGGGAGAUCACACUUAAGGAUUCAUUGUGGCCGCUGCGCCCGGUAUUUUUUUUUUUUUUUUGGACACCGAUAUUGCGCACGGCGGAUCUAUGAGGACGCAGGCGGCUUUUUCACUCGCGACACCAGACAGAGGGAGCAGGGAGUGAUCCACCCAACACCCCAGCACCCCACCCUGCCUGCAGCCCCCAUGCCGGGCAUUAGCACCACCGCGCCUCGUUAUGAAAACUGGGACAUGGAACAAAUCGACCACUACCAACAUUAUUUCUACGACGACCACCACGACCCGGACGAGGAUUUCUUCAAGUCCACGGCGCCCAGCGAGGACAUAUGGAAGAAAUUCGAGCUGGUACCGACCCCGCCCAUGAGCCCCAUCCGGGCAGUGGAGGGGCCGGGCAGGGUCGGGCUGCUGUGCCCGUCGCUCGGGGACAAGCUGGAGUGGGUGUCUCAGUUCCUGGGGCAGGAGGACGAACAGCAGCAGGAGCUUCCCUGCAAGCUGAGCGCGUCCAGCGACUCCUUCGGCAACCUGAGCUCGAUCAUCAUCCAGGACUGCAUGUGGAGCGGCUUCUCCGCCGGACAGCAGCUGGAGAGGGUGGUGGGGGAGCGCUGCGCCGCCUGUCCCGGGACGGCGGGCGCCGCCAAAGCCGCGGCCGCCUCCCCGGGCAGGGCGCAGUGUCCCCCCGCAGACGCGUCGGCCGCCAGCGGACUGGCGGCGGACUGCGUGGACCCGGCCGCGGUGCUCACCUUCCCGUUGACCGGGGGCUGCAAGAAGCCCGUGUCCUCCGGUUCCGAGUCUCACACCGACUCAUCAGAUGACGAGGAUGACAAAGACGAGGACGAAGAAGAGAUCGACGUGGUGACGGUGGAGCACAAGCGGCAGCGCAAACCGCGCCGACUGGUCAACGCUCGCACACCGGUGACCAUAACGGUGCGGGCGGACCCGCUGGACCUCGGCAUGAAGCGUUUCCACAUCUCCAUACACCAGCAGCAGCACAACUACGCCGCCCCCUCCCCGGACACGCUGCCGCCGCCACCGCCGGUCGAGCCGCCCCGGAAGAGGGUCCGGCAGGAGGCCUCCUCCCAGCCGCACCAGCACUCCCACCAGCCCCGGCCCGGCCACGCCCCUCUGAACUUAGACGGCCGGAAGUCCGCCGGGGUCCGGUCGGAGUCGCCAGACCUCGGCGCCUGCUCCCCUACCUCCUCCUCUGCGCCUUCGUCCCCUCCCUCCUCCUCCUCCUCAUCUUCCUCCUCCUCCUCCUCGACCCUCUACUCCCACAGCUCCCCGUCGAAGCCCCACUCCUUCUCCCACCUCUCCAGCCCGCAGUCCUCGGACUGCGAGGACACGGACAAGCGCAAGGCGCACAACUUCCUGGAGCGCAAGCGGAGGAACGACCUGCGCUCGCGGUUCCUGUCGCUGCGGGACGAGAUCCCGGGCCUGGCCAACUGCCCCAAGACGCCGAAGGUGGCGAUCCUGACGCGAGCCACGGAGUACCUGCGGCAGCUGCACGCCGGCGAGAGGCAGAAGGCUCAGGAGAGGAAGCAGCUGAAGUCCAGGCAGCUGCAGCUGCUGCAGAGGCUGGCUCUGCUCAAGCGCUCCUGAGCGGCGGCGCCGCGGCACACAUGUGAACGCUGGACUGGACUACAUGAAGGAGGAGAGACACUACUGUUCACUUUUGGUCACGUUGGAAUAGUGCGGGUGGAUUUAUUGUGUUUGUUUGUUUGUUGUUUUUUUUGUUGGUUUGCACAUUAGCUUCUGAGUGAUUGACAAGGCCGCAAGCCGGGCCGGACAGGACAGUGAGCUCAGGACCGAUUGUCCCGGGGCAUCUUACGGGCAGAUUAAUAUGUCCAUGGCUAUUCAGUGUAGAUUUAGUCUAGAACUGUUCUAUUUCCCCCCCCCCUUGCUGAAAACUGUCGCUUGUUGCGGGGAUGCUCGCUGGCAAUGCGGCAUCUUGGCGUCCAGCUGUCUGACCGCUGCAUGUUCUGGUCAGAUGUCUCCUGGCUGGAGGUGCGGUCGCACAGCGGAGACGUCUCCUCUUUCCGUCUGUCUUCAGGACACCGACGUUUCCCCUCGAUGGUCUCCUUCGCUUUCCGUUUUUCUUCUGCAGUCUCUCGCUCCUUGGCGCUUGGCACACAGACAGCUUGCACAUUUAGUUAUGGAGUUGUGCCUAGUUUAUGCUUUUUUUACUUUUUCGUUUUUCAUUUUCUAAUUUUGUUUUCUCGACUCGCUUUUUCUGUUCGUUUAAGCAACAUCCAAAAAUGCCAACUUUUGCUUUUGAGAUGAAGCCCAAUGAGGUCUGAUUUGUAAAUUGUUUUGCAUUUGAUGUAAUGCCUUUAAAAGCCUUUCAACGUACGUAGACUAACCCUUACUGUACAGUCCCAACCAAAACCAGAGCUGUCUACUAUACUCAUCCUAGUUUUUGUUCGGCCCUAAACCUUACUGGCUUUUCAAAGAGAACUCGAAGCUUCUAUUUUUGUUAAUAAAAUGAUUAUGAAAAAAGUCAAAAUAAAACCUUUACGAAACAUUGAUCACACUAGACACUUUGUUUUUGGAUUUGCUUUUGUUGCAAUGCCUACUUGUCGUCUUUACCGUUCAGUACAUUUUUUUUUUUUGUCACUGGGGUUUAUUUUAUUUGUACAAGUCAAGAGUUGACAAAAGUUUUAUACUAUAUUUUCCUACAGAGUUGUGUUUCAGUGUGAGCUAAUGACUGUUUUGGUUAUUGCGCCUGGCAGGGCUCUAUUGGUGGUUAUGUGCUGAACAUUGGCGUGUGCGGUCCGCUUUCGGGAAACACCUGAAAUUCCUCAAUCCAAUCACUAUAGCUGGUGGUGGGGGAGGGGGGACUUAAGAGGAUCUACCGAUUAAACUUCUGGCUGUGUGUAGCCUUUAGUGACGUUACUGCUUUUUUUGGUUGUUGCUGUCGCUGCUCCCUAUUGUUCCCAUAAGCCAUGCGACUGAACACUGUAGCCCUUGAACUAGUACUGUAAAUGACUCCGUCACAAGUAACAUGCUCUGAUCUUACCAGCACUCAGGAAACUCCCACGUAGCCUGUAGCUCUUGUGAUUGGGCCAUAAACUGUGCUUGAGAAAAACAGCCACCCACCCCCUCCACGCCGCUUUAAUCUGCUGUAUAUGUAACACAAGC